CGUGCCCCCGGGUGUCAGGUUCACCUGCUGCCAGCUCAGCACCAUGCCAGCUGCUGGUCCCCACCACCACCACCACCACCUAAAGGUCCUCUGAUGAGAUCCAGAACCUGAACAGAUUGGCGAGGCACCUGCAGAGGUUCCACUGAACCCUGUGUAGCUGAAGAUCACUCGGUGUCCUUGAAGGUGAGAUUUUAGAGCUCCAUGUAAACCAAGAGGAGGCAGCCGUGGUAAUUUAAGCACCUCCACCGCAGAGGAACCUGCAGACCACCUCCGCGUUCUGUCCUCGCCUCUUCUGAACUCCUUGCUAUUGGGCUUCAUGUUGUCGUGGUGGGCUGUGGCGGUGGUGCUGUGUCUUCCCUGUGGACUGUCCUACCACGCUCAAAGACUGUAUACAGAUGUGGAGCACGGCCAGUCCCUGCUCCUGCACUGCGACGGAUCCGCCUACAGGGACAAGGAGGGAAUGGUGCAUUGGGAGCAGCAAGGAGAGGUCGUGGUGGUCCUGAGGGGAGAAGAGACCACCGUUGCAGAAUCGUUGAGGGGUCGGGUCCGGCUGCCUUCAGAGGAGCAGAUGAGGAAAGGGAACUGGUCUCUGGUUAUCAGCAAAGUAACAGCAAGCGAUGAUGAUGUGUACUUCUGCUUCUUCAACAAUGCCACCCUCAUCUCAUCGGUAUGGGUCAGAGUCCUUGAAAACGAUGAGGCAACGGUUGAUGAUACGACCAAGAAAACACUGUGGACGAUCGACGGGUCUGGAGUUGGAACCACCGACGUUCCUUUUUUAAUGGAAGUGUUCACGCAGACGAUGAAAGUUGUGACAGAUUCCCAGCCGGUAGGGACUACUGACAAAUCGACGCCCUGGACAGAUUCCCACCUGGUAGACACCACUGACAAAUCGACACCCUGGACAGAUUCCCACCCGGUAGACACCACUGACAAAUCGACACCCUGGACAGAUUCGUACCCGGUAGACACCACUGACAAAUCGACACCCUGGACAGAUUCCCACCCGGUAGACACCACUGACAAAUCGACGCCCUGGACAGAUUCCCACCCGGUAGACACCACUGACAAAUCGACGCCCUGGAAAGGUUCUCAGUCAAUGGGCACCACUGACAAAUCGACGCCCUGGAAAGGUUCUCAGUCAAUGGGCACCACUGACAAAUCGACGCCCUGGAUAAAUUCCCAGCCGAUAGGAUCUACUGACAAGUCAACACCCUUUUCAGAUCGAGACGAGCCCCGGGUCACCACAGACUCUCCCUUGCUUGAAAGCUUCCCAUGGGUACGGAUUGGCCUCAUUGGCGGCGUGCUGCUGGGCACGUUGUUGGUCAUGGGUCUUCUCGGAGCCUUACAGCAAAUUUAGACCCUAUGGAUUUUUUGUUUUGCUUUUAAAGACAGGAAUUACUGAUGAGUAAAGAUUCCAGAAUCUCUUCUGUUCCAUGUUUGGAGCAGACGUACCGCCUGUAAUUUUAUGUGUAAUAACUCCGGUUAUGGUGACAGAAAACGUUGGUGUGUCCAUAAGUCUACUUGUUUAAAUGGAAGAUGCCAGAAUUGACUGCAUAGGUAGGUUCUCCACCGUCUGCUCCUCAGUUGCUCUGUUUUGGGUUACCAUUGACUUUUGAUUGAAAAAAUCUGUAAAUUUUGUCAAAUCUUUGUUCCAAAGAUGAGGAAAUGGGAAUGGUGCUUGCUGUCAAAAAAGAUUGAUGGCUUCUUGUUGUUUGACAUUUAAAGCCACCAAAAGCUUCCCUAUCAACCAUGAAAAGGUCAAAUCGGCACAUUGACAUUAGGAUGCAAAAGUUGCUCUCAAAGCUUUGGUUCCUAAAUGUUUGGUGGCCCCAAACCUUGGUGGAGACGUGUUUGUUAAAAUCUGAGACUUAUUGUUUGUAAAACCAUGUUUGUGUCUUUUUUCAAUCUAUAUUUGUCAAUAAAAAUCACAAAGUCUUAAAGAAACAAGCCAAAUAUCACAUAUUUGUUGUGUAAUAAAAGUUCAGCUGUG